AAGUAACUUGUGCCACACUGAACUACAAGUCGUCUUUUGCAAGCCAUAAAAAUGGACCUCCAUACAGAAAAAAAUAAGGACGGCCACUCGUUAAAUCCAACGUUUGUCAAUCUGGGGUUCGACGAUACGGGGGAAAUCAUGGAAUCAAGCAGAAAAUCGAGCCUAGGAGAAAAGAAGGACUCGAGUAUCACAUUAAGGAGAUCGCAGCCUGUGACGUACUCGUGGGAGAAUAUCGAAAUUUACUUAGAAAAAAAACAAGGCAAUUGUUUUAAGCGUCAACCGCCAAUUCAAAAACGAAUUUUGGACAAUGUCACCGGAUGCGUUCGACCCGGUGAAUUUUUGGCUAUUAUGGGAGCCAGUGGAGCUGGAAAAACGACUCUUCUCAAUUGUUUGACUUUCAGAAACACGGGGAAGCUCAAAAUAACGGGUGAAAGGUUUCUGAACGGAGCAAAAGUGAACACGGAUACAUUAGCACGUAUUUCUGGCUAUGUCCAACAAGACGAUCUAUUUAUCCCCACGCUUACUGUCAAAGAACAUCUGGAAUUCCAGGCUCUAUUGCGUAUGGAAAAGCAUUUAAGUUACGAUGAACGAAUGAUCCGCGUCGGGGAAGUGAUUCACGAAUUAGGACUCCGCAAGUGUGAAAAUACAGUAAUUGGCAAUCCCGAAAGAGGAAUCAAAGGUAUUUCUGGGGGAGAAAGAAAACGACUCGCAUUUGCUUCAGAGGUUUUGACAAAUCCUUCACUGAUGUUUUGUGACGAACCAACAUCAGGUCUCGACUCUUAUAUGGCACAAAACAUUGUCCAGGUGUUGAAAAACAUCGCAUCGACGGGCAAAACAGUUGUCUGCACAAUUCAUCAACCGUCAUCUGAAGUCUUUGCUCUUUUCGAUCGCAUCCUCUUAAUGGCUGAAGGUAGAACGGCCUUUCUCGGUCCAGUCAGCGAGGCCCUGAAUUUUUUCUCUGCCCGGGGAUUACCCUGCCCGUCAAACUACAAUCCAGCCGAUUACUACAUUCACACGCUAGCCACAGUGCCGGGCCAGGAAGUGGAUUCGAGGAAAAAGAGCAAAGACAUCUGUGAUGCUUACGAAUCAUCUCAGGCUGGGCAACAAGUUCUCGAAAUUGUGAAAGCCAAUCGUUCGCUGAAUUCAACCGAGAGUCAGGAAUUCGAACUCGCAGAAGUUAAAGCAAAAAAAUCCCCUUACAAGGCAUCUUGGUUCGCCCAGUUCAGGGCCGUCCUAUGGCGAUCCGUCAUUGCCGUGGUCAGGGAGCCCGUUGUUCUGAGAGUCAAGGCUUUUCAGACUAUCUUCAUUUCAGCCAUUAUCGCUCUGAUCUACCAAGGGCAGACACUUGAAUUUGAUAAUGUACGAAAUAUUCAAGGUGCUCUAUUCAUAUUUCUCACAAAUAUGACUUUUCAAAAUGUUUUUGGAGUUGUCAACGCAAUUACCGGCGAAUUGCCGAUAUUCCUGCGGGAACACUUCAACGGGAUGUACAGGACGGACGUUUACUUUAUAUGCAAAUCUAUAGCUGAUCUUCCCUUGUUUAUCCUUUUCCCUUUCCUUUUUGUUUUGAUUCCUUACUUUGCCAUCGGAUUGAAUCCCGCAGCUGACAGAUUUUUUAUAGCCUGCGGAAUUACCAUCCUCGUUGCCAACGUCGCCUCAUCGUUCGGAUUCAUGAUUUCCUGCCUAGCUGGAUCAACCGAUGUUGCUCUCGCUUUAGCACCCCCAUUAGUUAUUCCUUUAUUGCUGUUUGGAGGAUUUUUCCUUUCGAAUGAGGAUGUGCCUGUCUACUUCGAUUGGAUGCGCUACAUCUCGUGGUUUAUGUACGGCAAUGAGGCACUGUCCAUCAACCAGUGGGUCGGCAUCAGCUUCAACGACACUAGUUGUCCAGAUAACAUGUGCACAGGGGAGCAAAUUUUAGCAUCGUUUGACUUUAACCCGGAUUACUUUUACCGCGAUAUUGGUGGACUGUUUGCUCUAAUUCUCGCAUUCCGUAUUCUAGCAUUUUUAGCACUUCUUCGCAAAACCUAUCGCAAAAAUUGAAUUUUACUGCUUCAUAUUU